CAUGCGCAUUGACGUCAAGCUAUUAGCUUCGCAACGACAUGUUCAUUGUUCGAGCAGCACUACAAUGUCCUAGGCUUGUGUUUAAGUUUGACUAGUCCAAUAACCCUCAUAGUUAUCUGUUCCUAAUAUAUAGGUUACAAUUUGCAGACAAGUAUUGCACGAGAAGGACAAAUCAGCUCGUGAGGGGCCACACUGACAACCAAGGAAGUAUCUAUCUUAAAGGCACAGCCCCAGUAUCUGGCACCACCAUCACAAUAAUAGACUAGCUGAUUACAUAAGCGUGUGACCAACUGUAAAGUUGAAGAUCAUCACUUAGGAGAGCCUCAUCAGAGCCGAAACUACAACAAAGAUGGGGAACAGUGCAAUCAAAGCCCAUCUGGAAAAUUCACAGAAGACGGGGAUCUUUCAGCUGACAGGGAAAGGUCUCCCUGAGUUCCCUGAGGAGCUCCAGAGGUUAACUGGAAACCUACGGACUGUAGAUCUGUCUUCCAACAAGAUUGAAGUGUUGCCUCCCGCCAUAGGAAACUUCCUUCAGAUGAAGAGUCUGACUUUAAAUUUGAAUAAACUCACAAGUCUCCCAGAUGAAAUUGGGAAGCUUAAGAAACUAGAGACCCUCUUGCUGAACGGGAACCAACUGACGCAGCUCCCUAGCGGUGUAGGACAGUUGAAAGCGUUGCGCACACUCAGCCUGUCUGGGAACAAGUUCCGGGAGUUUCCUGGCGGCCUUGGCUCCCUACGACACCUGGACGUCCUGGACCUGUCCAAGAACCACAUCCAGGCUGUGCCUGCUGAGGUAGCGGCCCUGCAGGCCAUUGAGAUCAAUCUCAACCAGAACCAGAUUUCAGUGGUGUCUGCGGAGGUGUCCACCUGCCAGAGGCUAAAGGUGCUGAGACUGGAGGAGAACUGUCUAGAGCUUGCCUCCAUCCCUGUGUCCAUCCUCACCAGCUCCCAGGUGUCUCUGCUCUCUGUGGAGGGCAACCUGUUCGAGGUGAAAAAUAUGCGGGACCUGGAAGGGUAUGAGAAGUACAUGGAGCGCUUCACUGCAACCAAGAAGAAGUUUGCCUGAAGAAUAGAGAGGGAGCAUCCCCCUGAGUCCAGCUUGUGCACUACACCCAAGCACCCUCCCUAGUGGUUGUCUUACUACAGUAUAUAUGGCUUCUGCACUACAGCAACAGGUUACAACAGCAAUAACCACAGUAGAAUGAGUACUGAUUGAGAGCAUGCUAUGAUCUGUGUAUGACAGCAACAGGAUACCAUGAAUGGAUAUAGAGAACUAUGUGAACAGUGGACGAUAGACAGUGCAUUCACUUACGAUAUUCAUAGAAAUUGCAUCUUGAAUACUAAUUUACGAACAAAACCCUUAGCAGGUUAUACUUAAAUAGUAUAGUGGGCUAAAAUGUCCCUCUACAUGGGCUUUUAACUGCAUAUAAAUUAGCAAACAAUACAAUUGUUGCAGAAGUCAAACACCUUGGUUCAGUAUCAAGCAGUGUUUUGCCUGUCAGAUUUGUGCCUUGACCAGCAAGCGAAUGAAAACUGUAGUACAGAAUGUCAAAGCAGUGACAAUUGCACUACAUUGACCCAGAAUGAGAUAAUGAUUUUUAAAGCUCCAUUUUGCAUUUUUAUCCUUUAUUUAUCUAAGAACAAAUUCUUAUUUUCAAUGACGGCCUAGGAACAGUGGGUUAACUGCCUGUUCAGGGGCAGAACGACAGAUUUGUACCUUGUCAGCUCGGGGGUUUGAACUUGCAACCUUCCGGUUACUAGUCCAACUCUCUAACCACUAGGCUACCCUGCCGCCCCAUUAAGGCUUACCAUAUGGAUCUGGAAUGGAUCGUCACAUUUUUUCUGUAGCUCUGGUCCAGAGUGUUUAUUUUCAGCUGAGGAAAGCUGAUUCAUCAGCAUGCCACACACAAAACCCUGGACCAGAGCUAGAUUUUCUGGUGCUGUGAAAGAAUGAAGAAAAGCACAGCCUAAAUCUGAACAAAAAUAUAAACACAUAUCAAUGAUUUUACUGAGUUAGUUCAUUAUAAGGAAAUCAGUCAAUUUAAGUAAAUAAAUGAGGCCCUAAUGGAUCUAUAGAUUUCUCAUGAUUGGGCAGGGGCAUAGGCCCAUUCACUUGGGAGCCAGGCCCAGCCAAUCAAAAUGAGUUUUUUCCCCUCAAAGGGGCUUUAUUAAAGACAGAAAUACUCCUCAGAUACAUCAGCUUUCUGGGUAACUGGUCUCAGGCGAUCCCACAGGUGAAGAAGCCGGGUGUGGCGGCUCUGGGCUUGGCGUGGUCACGUGUGGUCUGCAGUUGUGAGGCCGGUUGGACGUACUGCCAAAUUCUCUAAAAUGAUGUUGGGGGUAGCUUAUGGUAGAGAAAUUAACAUUCAAUUCACUGGCAACAGCUUUGGUGGACAUUCCUGCAGUCAGCAUGCUAAUUGCAUGCUCCCUCAACUUGACAUCUAUGGCAUUGUGUUGUGUGUCAACUGCACAUUUUAGAGUGGCCUUUUAUUGUCCCCAGCACAAGGUGAAUCUGUGUAAUGAUAAUGCUGUUUAAUUAGCUUCUUGAUAUGGCACACCUGUCAGUUGGAUGGAUUGUCUUGGCAAAGGAAAAAUGCUCACUAACAGGAUGUAAACACAAUUGUGCACAAAAUUUGAGAGAAAUAAGCUUUUUGUGGGUAUGGAACAUUUCUGAGAACUUUUAUUUCAGCUCAUUAAACAUGGGACCAACACUUUACAUGUUGCGUUUAUAUUUUUGUUCAGAACAUUUGGCUCUUUGCAAGCAUACUCUUAUUGCUUUUGAAUGCUCAGUAGUUAUAUUAUUUGGACUUAUAUUCUUAUUUGGAUUUGUAUUCAUGUGUUAUUUAUCUUCAGUUGGUCUGUUCAACACAUCCUUACUAUUUUAGUAAUUUAACUCUGUAAAUAAUUUGUAGACAUUUUAAGAAGUGUGUGUGAUUGUAUCAGAUAAAAACCACAAAACAGGAUCACCUCCACUAUUCUAAACUGUUGAUGGAUCCUCUUCAUAUUAUUUUAUCGGGAAAGGGUCUAGUAACCUUUAUUACAAGAUUGAAGACAACCUCACAAAGAGGAUCAUUCAUAUCUGUUUUCUAAUCAGUGUUGCUGAUCAAGGGUGCACUUUCUGUGAAAGGAGGAGUUGCAUUAGGCUGCCAUUAACAAUACAUUUAACUUAUCAGAUGUAUUUAAUUGUAACAGAAUACUCUCCAUGAAUUGUGUUAAUAUACUAACACUGAUUUAUGUAGAAUUACUUAACUUUGUUUCAUUUGAAUGCUUUUAUUUAAUUUGACUUAAAUAUGAUUCCAUAUUUUGCAUUCAGACCAAUUUCAUAUCAGGUUGUCACAACCUUAAUUUUGCGAAAGGAAUGUACAUGCAGUAAUUUAAUAUACCCCGCAUCUCAUCGCAAUUUCUCCUAAUAAAGAUAUAAUACAUACAA